AAACAUGGCUGAUGGGACGUUAGAGGUAAACACAGCUGUUGAGGAUCUUGCGGCUAAACAACAGGUAGAUGAGGCUGAAGUCUCAGGUCCGGCGACUCACGGCGAGCCGGACGGCCGCAACGACGAGUGGGACUCGGCCGAGAAGUCGAGUCCGGCCGCAGAGAACAGCUGGUCGGCUCCCAUCCUGUCUCUGGCUCGGAAGGCCACGGAGACCAUCAGCAGCGGGAUGAGCUACGCUGCUGCCCCGAGAAAACCCUCACAGGGUUCCGAACAGGAGCCCGAAAACGACCUGAAUAACUCUCCUAAAAAGUUUGCGGUUGUGCCCCCCAAAGACCCCAUGGCAAUAGAAAGGUCCAACCUCCUGAGCAUGCUGAAGUUGAGCAUCAAAGUCUUAAUUCAGUCCUCCCUGAGUCUGGGCAGGACUCUGGACUCGGAGCACCUUCCUCUUCAACAGUUUUUUAUUGUCCUCGAACACUGCCUCAAACACGGCCUUAAAGCCAAGAAAUCCUUCAUCGGUCUGAACAAGUCCAUAUGGGGACCCCUGGAACUGGUUGAGAGGUUGUGCCCAGAGUCUGCCAACAUUGCCACGAGUGCCAGAGACCUUCCAGGCAUUAGAACUGGUUUAGGCAGAGGGAGAGCCUGGCUACAUUUAUCGCUCAUGCAGAAAAAAGUAGCAGAUUAUAUGAAAGCCCUGCUGGACCGCAAAGACCUCCUGAGUGAGUUUUAUGACUCUGGAGCGUUGAUGAUGGAGGAGGAAGGAGUAGUAAUGGGAGGCCUGCUGGUAGGCCUCAACGUAAUUGAUGCUAAUCUGUGUAUUAAAGGGGAGGAUCUUGAUUCUCAGGUGGGAGUCAUCGACUUCUCCCUCUACCUGAAGGACCCGGCGGGCAGCGACACUCCAAAACAUGAUGACAAGAUGACGGCCAUAUUGGAUCAGAAGCACUACAUUGAGGAGUUAAAUCGUCACUUGAGUGGAACGGUCACCGACCUUCAGGCCAAGAUGGACUCAAUAGAGAAAACCAACAGCAAGCUUGUAGAGGAGCUGACCGCAGCAACAGACAGAAUCAACUCUCUACAAGAGGAACACGAACAGCUGAGAAAGGAGAACGAGUCCAUCUUACAGUCGAGCCAGAAAAAGGAAGAGGCAGCCCUUAGGGACAGUCAGGUGGAGUUGGAAACGUACAAACAGACUCGACAAGGUCUGGAUGAGAUGUACAACGUGGUGUGGACGCAGUACAAAGAAGAAAAGCGAAUUCGCCAGGAGCUCGAGCGUGAACUGGAGCUCCAGGUUGGCCUGAAGGUGGAGAUGGAGGUGGCCAUGAAGCUGCUGGAGAAGGACAUCCACGAGAAACAGGACACGCUGGCCGCCUUACGGCUCCAACUGGACCAAGUCAAGACUCUAAAUCUGCAAAUGUUCCACAAAGCUCAGGACUCGGAGCGACAAGCGGAAAAGAAGCAGGCGGAGGCCGAGCAGCUUGAGAAGAGGAUUAAUGAAAUGGAGAAAGUCAUGAUGGAACUAGAGCAGCGGCUACAGAACUCAGAGCAAGAGCGCCGAGAAACGGAUCAGUCAGACAAAGACAUGAAGACGGAGCUAGAGGGGAAAAUCGAUGCUUUGCAGAAACAGCUAACAGACCUGGAUACACUAAGACUGGGUUUGGAGAACGAGCUGCGCUCCGAGAGGGAACAGAGGCAGAAUUUGCAGAAAGUUCUCCACCGAGAACAAGACAACAGCACCGAGCUGCGCACCCAGCUGCAGCAGCUGCAAGGCCUGCAGACGGAGCUGCAGGAGUUGAAGCAGGAGAAAAAACAGCUGCAGCAGAGAUGUGAACAGCAGGAACAGACUCUACAGGAGAUGGGGCUCCACCUCAGCCAGUCUAAACUCAAGAUGGAGGACUUUAAAGAAGUCAACAAAGCUCUGAAGGGCCACGCCUGGCUGAAAGACGACGAAGCCACCCAGUGCAAACAGUGCCAGAAGGAGUUCUCCAUCUCGCGCAGAAAGCACCACUGCAGAAACUGUGGAGACAUCUACUGCAGCAGCUGCUCCGCUAACGAGCUCGCCUUGCCCUCCUACCCCCGGCCGGUGCGAGUGUGCGACGUGUGCCACUCCCUCUUGCUGCAGAGAAGCUCGUCCACCGCUUCCUGACAAACAAGUUCCCGAGCACACAAUAAACCCCAACUACAGAGUUUAGGACUUAAAAGAUUUGAAGCUCCUUGAAAUUCAGGCACACCAACUGUUACUGGUCAGCACUGAUGGAUGCAGCAAAGAUGUGGCUGAACAUUUACAUUUUUGAUACUAAUUUGCUAAAUCAACUUCUUAAAGCCGUUUUCUUAUUUCAGACUCUAGAUGUCA